CCUUCCUUCCCCCUCUUCUUCCUCACCCACCACCACUCCUUCCGCUAGAUUGUUCGUUAGUUCCUUGCUUGCCUCGUCAGCCUCUUUCCUUCGUCGCCCCGUACCACCCCCACGCUGCCCUGCCGCCAUCGUCAUCCGGGCGGCCACCCCACCAAUCGCCAUUUCGCCCUUGCUUUUUUCCCUCCCAACCACUCCCCCUCCCGCGUCACCCGACUCAAUCCAAUCCUUUCCCCUCCGAUCCUAUCCAUAGGCGGCGCCGGGCUCGUCGCAGAUCCGAGCAGGUGCGCCGGGAGGAUCCGGCCGUGUGAUGCGCGGAUCCGGGUGAGGGCGAGCCAUGCCGAGCGUCGGCGUGAAGAUCUACAGCGUCUUCUUCAAGCUCUUUCUCCGCCACCGCCUCCAGUCGCUGGCCAACGCCCCUCUGGACCCUGACGUGGCGGCGUUCGGGGUCUCCUGCCGCCCCGACGAGGCCACCGCGCCGGCCAACCCGGCCUUCUCCGCGGCCGACGGGGUUGCGUCAAAGGACCUCCACAUCGACCCCAACUCCUCGCUCUCCGUCCGCAUCUUCCUCCCCACGCCGCCGCCGCCGCACGCGCUCCUCGCCCACCCGCGCCGCGCCAGCGACCCCGCCCCCGGCGCGCCGUACCGCGGGUACCUCCCGCGCGGCGCAGUGUCGGCGCGGCGGAGGCUGCCCAUCGUCGUGCAGUUCCACGGCGGUGGGUUCGUGACUAGCAGCAGCAGUACCGUGGCCAACGAUGCCUUCUGCAGGAGGUUGGCCAAGCUCUGCGACGCGAUCGUCGUGGCGGUGGGCUACAGGCUUGCGCCAGAGAGCCGGUACCCCGCCGCGUUUGAUGACGGGGUCAGGGUACUCAAGUGGAUCGCCAAACAGGCGAAUCUCGCCAUGAUGAGCAAGGUCGGGGGAGGGAUGGACACGUUUGGUGCGUCCACUGUUGAGCCGUGGAUUGCUGCCCAUGGUGAUCCGGCAAGAUGUGUUCUGCUUGGUGUAAGCUGUGGUGCCAAUAUUGCUGAUUAUGUCACUCAGAAGGCGGUCGAAGAUGGGAAGCUAUUUGCCCCAGUUAAGGUUGUUGCGCAAGUUCUGAUGUAUCCCUUCUUCAUAGGGAGUGUCCCAACACACUCGGAAAUCAGGCUUGCAAACUCAUACUUCUAUGACAAGUCGACAUGUAUACUUGCUUGGAGGCUAUUUUUAUCAGAUAAAGAGUUCAGCCUGGACCAUCCUGCUGCCAACCCUCUGGCACCUGGCAGAGGAGGCCCUCCACUGAAAUGCAUGCCUCCGACCUUGACAGUGAUUGCUGAACAUGACUGGAUGAGGGAUCGGGCGAUUGCUUACUCUGAGGAACUCCGCAAGGUAAAUGUUGACUCACCGGUUCUCGAUUACAAGGAUACAGUUCAUGAGUUUGCAACCCUGGAUAUGUUACUAAAUACGCCACAAGCCCAGGCCUGUGCCGAGGACAUUGCCAUAUGGAUGAAGAAAUACAUAUCCCUCCGAGGGCAUGAGUUCUCGUAUUAGUUGUAGAAAAGAUCAGCAUUGUGAAAUAGAAGACUCUUUACGGGAAAACAUCAAUGUGUUCCUUUUCAACUUGUUAUGAAAGGGAUUUCGAAUUACAGUCGAGUAACCAGUUAGCUUAAUGCGAGUACCGAGUCCUUCGGUGAUUUCUGUGAACGGAUGUAGCGUGCAAAAUUGUAGACUGUACUCAGAACGAUGCUCUUCCCCUUGUAGAGCUCAAUUCUUUCAUUCCUUUUGUACCCUUUGUGUAUUAUGGAAUUACUGGUGCUGAAGUUACCAUUUUUUGAGAAAGGAAAUAUCAUUCUACGGGGUCCAGCUGCAAAGUAUUGAUAUA